UGCAAAUCUUCUGCACAAAAGCAUUCCCACAAAGCCCUCUCUCUCUCACACAUUGCCAUGAUCCUACUUUUUCUUCUAUUCUCUCUCACAGUCUCAGGAGUUGAAUGUUUAGGCAUUAAUUAUGGGCAAGUUGGCGAUAAUUUGCCACCCCCAGAUAAAGUUCUUGAGCUCUUAACUUCACUUAAGAUCUCAAAAGUGAGAAUCUAUGACACAAACCCUCAAAUAUUGGCUACAUUUGCCAACUCCAAAACAGAGCUUAUAGUCACCAUAGAAAACGAGAUGCUAACCCAACUCAUGGAUCCUCAACAAGCAGUCCAAUGGGUAGCAACCCACAUCAAGCCAUACUUCCCAGCGGCCAGGAUCACCGGAAUCGCAGUUGGGAACGAGAUAUUCACCGGAAACGACACCACUCUAAUGGCGAACCUCGUCCCGGCAAUGAUCAGCAUUCAUGGAGCUUUAGCUCAACUAGGGCUAGGCUCAUAUGUUCAUGUGUCAACUCCAACAUCCUUGGCUGUUCUUGAGGAGUCCUUCCCGCCAUCAGCUGGUAGCUUCAAAUCACAAGUGGCAAGCUACAUUUCACAGUUUUUGCAGUUCUUGUCAAGCACAAAAGCCCCAUUUUGGAUCAAUGCAUACCCAUAUUUCGCCUUCAAAGAUAACCCUGAUAAAAUAUCAUUGGAUUAUGCUCUUUUAAACCCCAUGUCUUACAUGGUUGAUCCUUCCACUAGGCUUAAUUAUGACAACAUGCUGUAUGCUCAAGUAGAUGCAGUGAUCUUCGCCAUGGCAAGGCUUGGCUUUGAUGGGAUUGAGGUUAGGGUUUCAGAGACAGGAUGGCCUUCAAAAGGAGACGUCGAUGAAAUUGGAGCCACAGCUCAAAAUGCAGCCAUUUACAAUAGGAACUUGCUUAGAAGACAAUUGGCCAAUGAAGGAACCCCUCUUAGGCCAAAUAUGAGACUCGAAGUUUACCUUUUUGCUCUCUUUAAUGAAGACAUGAAGCCUGGACCAACCUCUGAACGAAACUAUGGUCUCUACCAACCUGAUGGAACCAUGGCUUACAAUGUCGGCCUUUCCGCGUUGCUGAGCUCCACUUCUACCUCUUCCGCGUCCAUCUCCCUGUCUUCUUCAGCCACCAAGACAACAAGGACGGAAUUCAAAAGCCUUGUGUAUUGGAUGUUCGUGUAUUUGCUGAUCAGCUUCAAGACUAUUUUUACGAGACAACUAUUUUAGACGAAUUAGAUCAGUGAUAAAAGCAGUGUCAACGAUUGAAUUUGAACAAGAAAAUUAAACCCAUUGAUUAUUGAAGCAAGUUAAUUAAAACCCAUCAACCAUUUGAUUAGCUUUAGUUUGUUAGUGUCGAUUUGAUUCAUGUGUAGCUAUAAAUUAAACUGUUCAUUGUAUAGCUCUCUAUCUUAUGUACGUAAAAACCACAAAGGCUUU